AUGGAAACUCAAAACAUGCAGAAAAAACGGUGUGAUAUGAAAACAGAUCUGAACUUGCUGCUUGAGUGCCUUAAAUAUCAGAUGGACUGCCCUAUGUCUCAGAAAGAGGCUUUGAUCACUAUUUAUUCAAUUUGUCAACAAAACAAUGAAGCAAGUGAAUAUUUUCGAGAAAUUGGUGGUUUGAUCUUUAUAAAUGAUCUUGCAAAGUCAAGUGUUCAUUGCAUAGUAAAGGAAGCGGCUUUAUUUACAUUAGGAAUUAUAAUAGAGAGUAAUGUUUAUUGUCAACAAACUUUGUGUACUUCUGCAUUGUUUGAAGACCUCAUUUUAUUUUUAAUUAAUAAGGAUUCUGGUGUGAACUUGAAAAGAAUGUCUGUUUAUGUCAUCUUAGUACUGGUUUCAAAUAAUAAAAAUGGGCAAACCUAUGUCAGAGAUACAGGCUGCAUUAGUCUUCUGCUACAGCUCUUCAGAACAACUCUUUCCACAUCUGAGAUGAAUCUGUCAGAUGAAAAUACUAAUCAGUGCUAUCAGCUGUGGUCUUCAGUCUGCAGUACUCUCUGUGCCUGUGUUAACAAUCCUCAGAAUGAAGAUAAUCAAAACAUUUGCUCUUCAGUUUUUCCAUAUGCGAAAGAGUGGCUCGAAAGUUGCACAGAGCCUGAGAUAGUUCGUCCUAUUUGUUCAUUUGUUGGUCUCACAGUUGCAAAUAACUCAUAUGUGCAGAAAUAUUUUGUUUCUGUUGGAGGACUGGAUACAUUAGCUAAAGUUCUCAUCAAGCUUAUGCAUGAUUCCAGUGUGAGUCACUCAAGCACAAAACUUGCAGUAGUAGUAACAAAGACUCUGGAUGCCUGCAUUGCUAAUAACUCUGCCAUGAGUGUUGUCUUGACAAAGUAUCACACUGUGUCAGAGCUACUGAAGCUGCUGUCCAAUGACACUCUCGAUACAGGAGAAAAAAUUAGUAUUAUUCUAACAAUUGGACACUGUACUGAAGUUUGUGAAGAAAACCAGUGUGAACUGCUCCAGAACAAUGGUCUUCCACUUAUGAUUCAGGUAUUAACCGAGUCUCAGGAUGAGGAACUAAACAAAGCUGCUACUUUUGUGCUGCAAAACUGCAAACAAAUGACUGAACAAUUGGCCCUGAAAACAAAUGAUAAUUCAAUGAACAUGAACAAUGCAGAAGAGUUGGACGUGCAAGUCAGAAAAAGAAGUCUACAAGACUACUGGAAGAAAGCAAAAGAAAUUUUACACAGAAUAAACUUGAUUGAAAAAGAACAUGAUGAGGACAGAGUGCAAGGAAGAGUAUUUGUAGACAGAUCUUCAGAAGCCAAUAUUGAAGUGUCAAAAUACCAUGAAGUGAAUCCCGCUGAUCCAAAAACUUACAUAGGAAGAACACGUAAAGAAAUACAUUGUCCACAGUUGACCUCUAAGUCAGAUGAUCAGGUUCUUGCUCCAUCUGUAAAUUCUUCUUCACUGACGAAUGAAGUAGUGAACACUAUGGAUCCAGUAAAUGCUUCUACUAGACAAAGUGAACAGAGUAAUAUUCCACGUGCAGUUAAUGAACUGCAAACAGACAGUGUACUUCAAAGUCACAGUAUAAAUGAAAAAACUGCUUCUGUAAAAAAACAGCCUAUUCUUCAAGUAAGUGAACGCUUAUUUAAACAACCAGCAGAGAUUGUUAAAAAUAUGAAGCAGACAUGCACAUCAGAUCAAUAUCCAUUCUACUUGGAGAUAACCAAGGAAGAAAAAAGUACUUCAGCGACAUCUGCAUCCCAUAAAAUGGCAAGUUUAAGGUGUUUAGGUUGUACAGCAGGAGGACUGUCCUUCAAUAGUAAAACCUUUACCAAGAUGUUGCAAAGUUGUCCAUACCAAUGUGACCAUCACAAAGUCAUUCUGGAAGCUGAAGAAAGAUAUAAAAAGGAACUUCGCAAACUGGCUGUUUGUAACAACAGUAGAUACGCAGCUCAUGAGAGUAUUCUUUUGACUCCAAUUAGAAAAAAAAAAUCUAAUACUUCAAAUAGAGAUGAACGUAGUAAAAAUACUAGGUUGACUGAUGACUAUAACUUGAUACCUACGUAUGCAAAGUCUUUCAAAAAAACCCAAGAUGCUAACCUGAAGAGACAAAGAGUCAAAGAAAUGUGCAACCAGGAAUGUCAGCGCUUAAAAGAAAAUUGCAUAUAUUCACUUGACAAAGAUAAGAACAAUGAAGUACGUUCCCUGGACAUGAACAGGAGAAGAAGAACUCGAAAGGAUUUCACGACUGAAGAAAUUAACUGUCUUUUGAGUGGAGUGAAAAAAAUGGGUAAUCACUGGAAUUUAAUUUUGUGGUCCUAUCCCUUUCAGAAAGGACGGACAAGUGUUGAUCUUUCCAAGAAAUACUACAGGUUACAGUUGCAA